UUCUCUCAAGAUGGCAGCCACGCUAGGUCUGAAGCGGCCGCGGCUGAUACCAUGGAGGUUAUGGCAGGCCUGGGGAGCUCCACAAGAUUCGACAUCGGGCCUGGGCCUGGGAGCGAGGACUUAUUCCCGGGGCGACGGCCCAUACUCGCGCACGGUGCUCUAUGAGCUGCUCGGCGUCCCUUCCACUGCCACACAGGGGCAAAUCAAGGCGGCCUACUAUCGGCAGAGCUUCCUCUAUCAUCCCGACCGUAACUCGGGGAGCGCCGAGGCUGCCGAACGCUUCACGCGCAUCUCCCAGGCCUACCUGGUGCUGGGCAGUGCCACACUCCGUCGCAAGUAUGACCGCGGCCUGCUUAGCGACGAGGACCUGCGCGGACCUGGCGUCCGGCCUUCCAAGACGCCUUCAGCUGACCCUGCCCCGUCCCGCGCCCCGCCGGCCGCCUCUCGGGCCUACGGUGGUGGUCGCGCCGCUCCGGGCGCCAACCGCACCAUGUUCGACUUUGACGCCUUCUACCAGGCGCACUACGGGGAACAGCUAGAGCGCGAACAGCGUCUAAGGGCCCGGCGGGAGGCCCUUCGCAAGCAGCAGGAGGACCGGGCCAAGAAGGGCAUCGACUGGGACGAAACCCGAGACACGGUGUUAAUUUUCUUUUUCCUCACAAUCUUCGUCAUCAUCGGCUUUCGUAUUUAAUCGGAGAGAGGAGGGAAGGGGAGCAGCCCCUUCCAGCCCCAGGAAAACGACUUACCAUAGUCUACCUCUGCUGGGGACCGAAGGAACUGCACUCCCGCGCCCUCCCCCACCCGCCCAUCUUAGCCAGUGACCUGCACAUCCCUCCCCUUCGUCCAGAAAAGGAGGCUUGUGAUGGCCUAAGAGGCCCCAAGCUGAAGAGUCCCGAAAGCCCGGGAGUGAAGGGUUUUCUGGAGUCCCGUGGGUGCCUGCUUCCAGAGGUUGCCUUCCCGGUGUUCUCAACUUCUGGAACUCUUGCUCUGGUUUUAUCGUAAAGCCCUGAGCAAGCUUUGUCUGGUCCUGCCCCACGUUUGUACCAUGGGGUUCCUCUGUAAACUUGAAACGUGGAUUGUGACCAAUUGUUGACUGCCAAAAGAAAAUGGGGUUGUGAGAAACUUGUCUUUCUGUGAGUUCCCCAAGCCACAGUUGAAACCUGAUCCGGGGUAAGAAUGUGAUCGAUGGAAAGCUUGCAGUUCCUCCCUCUAUGGUCAGCCCCACACCCCACUCUCCCUUCUGCUGGUGUCAUGUGGGAGUGGGAAAACAAGGUCAUCAAGCAUGAGGAAUGAGGGUUCCUGUUCCCAUAUUUAUCUAAUGUAUGACCUUGGAGAAGUUACUCUGGGUGUGACAGCAGAGGAGUAAAUCAUUUGCUGUCAAGGUUUGUCACAAUUUAUUAUCCAUAGUUUAUUUUUCACUAGACAAAAGUCUAUCUUUAACUGUAGUAAAUUGUACAUAUAAAAUACACAGAAAGUGCUAAAAAGAUAAAUAAAAUCAAUUCAUAGUGAUUAUAACAUGAUGCUAAUAGGGCCAGGUUCAUCCUUGGAACAGCGCACCUAUUACCUGGGCAGGCCUUUACUGGCCAGCCCCAUUGCUAACUGUGCAACUCAUCCCCUCCUAGACAGAGAGCAACAAACUCAGAGCUGGAGUCCUCUGAGUGUGACCCAUGCUCCUGUUUAACUUGCAGUGCUUACCAGAGGCCCCACAAACUAAGUCCUUCAAGCAAGACUGCUUGAGGCUGUGGGAAACUUUUGGGGUUUGGAGUAGACAGGACUACUGAGGGAUAAGAGACUUGCUGGUCAAAGUGGAUAUUCAAUUUCUUUUUUUUUUUUUUUUUUUUUUUUUUUUUUUUCCGUGACCGGCACUCAGCCAGUGAGUGUACCGGCCAUUCCUAUACAGGAUCCGAACCCGCGGCCGCUGGGAGCGUCGCCGCGCUCCCAGCGCAGCACCCUCCCGAGUGCGCCACAGGCUCGGCCCGAUAUUCAAUUUCUUAUGCAGAGCUGGCUAAAAGUUUUUUUUUUUUCCUUUCUAAUUCAUGCUAAGCAGUUGGUCUUUGCUUGGUCAGAGCUGCUCUCUUUUUUAUUUUUAAAAAGAUGAGCGGUAAGGGGAUCUUAACCCUUGACUUGCUGUUGUCAGCACCACGCUCUACAAAGUGAGCUAACUGGCCAUCCCUAUAUAGGAUCCGAACCCUUGGCCUUGGUGUUAUCAGCACCACACUCUCCCGAGUGAGCCACGGGCCGGCCCUAGAGCUGCUUUCUUAACAGUGAGUCACCAGACGUGAGGGGUGGGUUGGCUGUGAGAUUGUAGGUGCUCCAGUGUUUAUGCUCUGGGGUUCAGUAUAAAGCUGUGGAAGAGGAAAACCCUUGCAAGAGUUCUAUGGCAAGGAUGAGGGCCCAGGUCUAGGGUCUAAACAAAGCCAGAGGUACUUUGGUAUAUUAACAUCAAUUCCUGCACUCAAUAUUUUCUGUAAAACCCUUGUACAAAAUUGGGAUAAACCCACAGUCCAACCUGA